CACGCUUCCAUGAAUGAACACCAGCUAUGUAAGAGCAAAUAUAUUUGAAUAUCAGAGAGGAGGAAAGAAAAAGAGAGUGAAAAUGGAGGAUAUGCCACCAGGGUUUCGGUUCUAUCCAACUGAAGAAGAGUUGGUUUCGUUUUAUCUCCAUAACAAGUUAGAAUCGAACAGAGAUGAUCUCAACCAUGUUAUGAACCGUGUUAUACCAGUUGUCCACAUUUAUGAUUACAAUCCAUGGGAUCUUCCUCAAUUCUCAGUUUACCUAUGUCAUAAUGACCCGGAGCAAUGGUUUUUCUUCAUACCAAGGCAAGAGAGUGAAGCUCAAGGAGGGAGACCGAAGCGGCUAACAACUUGUGGGUACUGGAAAGCCACUGGUUCUCCUGGUUACGUUUACUCUUUCAACAGUCGCCCCAUCGGCGUAAAGCGAACCAUGGUCUUCUACAAUGGAAGGGCCCCUAAUGGCAGGAAAACUGACUGGAAAAUGAACGAAUAUAAAGCUAUUCAAGGCCAAGCAUCCUCGGAUAGUGGCACUGCACCUCCAACUUUAAGACAAGAAUUCAGCUUAUGCCGAGUUUAUAAGAAAUCCAAAUGUUUGAGAACAUUCGACAGGCGGCCACCACCGGCGAUAUUGAAGACAGGAGAGUCAAUCCCUAUCAAUCAAAGUAUUCAAACAGGGGAAGAGGAUAACUCGUCAAAGAUGAUCGAUGCCGGCGACCAUGAAUAUUCAUUCUGGGAUGUCGAGGGAUUUUGGAAUCCGGUUGAUUAGUGAGCUUGAAGAGUUAGAAUCAAGUUUGCAUGAAUAAUAAUGGUGCAAUAUUUUUGCAUGAAACUUUGCUUCAUUUGGUGAAAACCCCAAGAUUUGGUUAUUUUAGUACUAGCAUUUGCUUUGUUUUGUUGUUGUCUUGAUUUCUAGCCAUUUCAUCGUUUCUAAGC